GAGGCUGCAAAGUGCGAUGGAGUCUGCAGUGAGAGGAGCACUGAUGGUUGGUAAAGAAAGGAUUGCAGAGUGGCAGCAGCUUGCAGUGGGUGAUGGCAUGCAGGUUUUCGGCUUGAAGCCCCUGCUAAUGCAGAUAGAGGACCGAGUGCAGGAGGUCCAGACACUCUGCAAUGCAGGCUCCAGUGCAGGCAGCAGUGAGCAGCUUCGUGCAGCUGUGCUAAAGGUGCAGAGCAUGCUGUGA